AAGUAGCUGAGAGCAACAGUGAGCUGCCGACAUGGCUCUCUGUGUUUGAGGAUUAAUACAACUUCACAAAGAUCAUCAGGUUUUUUCCUCUAACAUCACUUUAACUUAUACAGUGUAUGACCAUGUCAGCUGCAAGCUGUGUGCUAUCUGAAGAGCAGUUUUUGUGCUGCAUCUGUCUGGAUGUUUUCACUAAUCCAGUCACUAUACCAUGUGGGCACAACUUCUGCAAAAACUGCAUCACACAGCACUGGAAUGUCAACAGUUCUCAGUGCCAGUGUCCCAUGUGUAAAAAACAUUUUAAAACCCGCCCUGAGCUGCCUGUCAACACUUUCAUAUCUGAGAUGGCUGCUGAGUUUAGACAGUCAGCUGGAAAGAAAAGCAGCAGGGACUCAGAGGUACAAGUCGCCAAACCGGGAGAAAUCCCCUGUGACAUCUGCACUGGAACUAAACUAAAGGCUGUGAAGACGUGCUUGACGUGUUUUGCCUCCUACUGCGGUGUUCACCUGGAUCCUCAUAUGACAGCUGACCCCCUGAAAAGACAUUCGCUGACUGAUCCGGUGGAGAACAUGGAGGCAAGGGUGUGUACAAAGCACAAAAAAACACUGGAGCUGUUCUGUAAGACUGACCAGAUGUGUGUGUGCUCACACUGCACUGUUACAGAGCACAUGGCUCACAACAUUGCUUCUCUGAAAGAUGAAUAUGAAGCAAAGAAGGCAGAGCUGGAGCAGGCAGAGGCUGAAAUCCAGCAGAUGAUCCAGGAGAGAAAGCUUAAGAUCCAGAAAAUUGAACGCUUAAGAAUGCACAGUAAGGAAGAUGCAGAGAGAGAGAUAGCAGACGGUGUUCGUAUCUUCACCAUUCUGAUGCAGACUGCAGAAAGAGACCUGAAUGAGCUUAUUGAGAAAAUUGAAGAGAGGCAGAAGACGGCAGAGGAACAGGCUGACGGCUUCAUCAAAGAACUGGAACAAGAAAUCUCUGCACUGAUGAAGAAAACUGCUGACAUGCAACAGCUCUCACGUACACAAGACCAUCUUCACCUCCUCCAGAGCUUUGCGUCCAUGAACACUGCUCUGUGCACCAAGAACUGGGCAGAGGUCAGCUUUCGUCAGCCAUCAUAUGAGGGAAUUGUGUUGAAAGCUGUGACUGAGCUGGAGGAGACAUUCAGCAGAGAGAAGCAGCAGCUACUUCAUCAGGCCAGGCUGAAGAGGGUCCAGCAUUACGCUGUGGAUGUAAUUCUUGAACAUCACACAGCGAAUCCCUGGCUUGUGCUGUCUGAUGAUGGGAAACAAGUCAAGUGUGGUGAGAUGAGGAUGAACCUGCCAGAUAACACAGAAAGAUUUUCUCUUUAUACCAAUGUCUUGGCACAGCAGAGUUUCUCCUCUGGAAGGUUUUACUAUGAGGUUAAGGUAUCAGGGAAGACUGACUGGACUCUGGGAGUGGUCAAAGGGUCAGUUGACAGGAAGGGAAUAAUUCCACUAAGCCCUGUGAAUGGCUACUGGGCUGUGGGUUUGAGGAAUGGAAACGAGUACCUAACUUUUGCCAGCCCCGUUGUCAGCCUCAGUCUGAACUUGAAGCCUCAGAAGGUGGGGGUGUUUGUGAGUUAUGAGGAGGGUGUGGUCUCCUUUUAUGAUGUAGACGCUGCAGUUCAUCUUUACAGCUUCACUAACUGCUGCUUCACUGAGAAGCUCUUUCCCCUCUUCAGUCCUGGUCUUCAUCAUGGUGGCAUGAACUCCGCCCCUCUGAUAAUUUCACCUGUCGACCACACUGAUUAGAUUUGAUCGUUAAUUUUGGGAAAAGGGGGAUUCUUAUGAUUUAAGAAGAGGAAGUCAGUGGAUCAAAGUGGUAUUACUAUAAAGCGAUACUUUAUCAAAUUUCAUCCAGCUUUGUAUCGCAACAAUGUGGGUUAUAUGUGUAAAUGAACUAUGUUAAACUUCUCCCUGCAAAUUUGUUAGGGAAAAUUAGCCACGUCUCUCCCUCUCAAUUACUUCCUUAAACUGUACUACAUAUUUCUUACCUAAGAUGUUCAGAAACAUACUUUAGUGUGCUGUUUAGCUGUAAUACAAAAAUUUGCGAACAGGAAGUGGACUUCAUACCAUUUCCUGUACCUUGGAAACUGAGAUCAAACUGUAAAAUGAGGCAGUGCUGUUUAGCUUGUUUCUUGCCUGAAAUGUUUUCAGAAACGCAUUUUAGUGCACUGUUUAGCUGUAAUACAAUAAUUUGUCAACAGGAAGGUGGCGCCAAACUGUGUCCUGUAUUGUAAAGGGAGGCUAAAAAAAAAAGAGUUUAAACAGUUAACUAAACUGUGCUGAUCAAAUAUAAACCAAUAUUCGGUUACUGUUUUGAUUAUUUGUUGCCUCAAAGGUUUUAAGAAACAUAUUUUUUGUGCACUAUUAAGCUGCGGUAGGAGAGUUUGUGAACAGGUAAUGGGUGCUAUACCAUUUCUAGAGCUUAGAUUCUCUGCCAGAGCCCGAGCCCGGCCCGACCCGGCCCGCGGGCCCAGGCCGGGUCGGGAGCCCCCCUCCCUCUGACGGAUAUGAUAUGACGUUUUUUUUUUUAAAGCUAUGAUUUGAUAAUGUUAUAGGCUAUGUAUUGUAGCGACCCUGCAGUAAAUGUUCUGUUAUAAUGUCAAUGUUCUGUGAGUUAAUGGCAUGUUUGGGAUUGAAUGAGGUGCGGGGUGCGAGUGUGACCGGGAUGGGGGCUGUGUGAGUGCGCGUGCUGGUGUGUGUAUGAGCGAGCUGGAGGAGAGAGCAGGAGUGCACAGAUGGAGUUACAGCUAAGUUGUUGUUUGUUGGUUGUUUUGGCGUAGUUACGGCCAACAGUAACCUGUACUGUUCAGUAAUAAACGGUGGUUUAAUUGCCGAAUAACCGCGUCAUCCUUUCCACACGUCCUGGUGGACGCUACAGUAUUAUAAAAAAUAAAAUGAAACCACACUUCGUAUUACACAUAAAGUUACAACAAACUUAGUUAGAAUGUUGCAACAUUGUGCGCGCACAGCCCUUCACCACCUGGAUCCUAAAAUAAACACCUGUUUUAUUACAUAAUCAUGCUUCCAUGUUGCGCCAUUCAUUAAGAUCCUAUGUUUCUGUCAUUCAAAUAACAAGACUUGUGGUUUAAUACUCUUAAUUAUAACAGCCAACUUAUUGAAAAAUGUCGGGUUUAAAUUGGGCUCGGGCCCAUAAUUACAGUUAAUUGGACGGGCCAGGCCGGGCCGGGCCGGGCCGGUCCCGGACAUAACGUGCACGGGCUUGGGCCGGGUCGGGCUGGAUUUUCUGGGCCCGAUCUAAGCUCUAACCAUUUCCUGUACCGUGAAAAGGAAGGCUGAAAAUUCUGAGAUCGUAACUGUAAAAUGAAGCAGUGCUGUUUUGCGUAUUUCUUGCCUGAAGUAUUUUCAGAAACAUAUUUUAGCUUACUGUUUAAAUGUAAUACAAGAUCAUUUCUUACCAGCCAGCAGCCAUACUGUUUUUGGAUUGGCGACUCACAUUACAUCACCAACCUGCAGGAGCGUUCAUUGGUCUGGUGUGGCACAGUGCAUUCUGGUAGUUUUAGGUUUUCUACCCUUUGAGCAAAAGCAAAUGCCACAGCCCUUUUCUCUGUUUUCUCUGGUCAUGUAGUACUAAUCUAAGGUGUAUGAGUCUUUUUUCUGCUUAGACAGCCCAGUUUUAUGAAAAGACCAUCUUUCCAGCAGUGAAAUAACUUUGUUGUCAGCAGAGACAGGCAGACAAACAACAAGCAAACACAACCUUAAUUAACUAUCAGCUCUUUUUUUCAUGGUUUAGGUAUGAACUAUACUCACUUGUUCAACAGACUACCAGGGUCAUGUUUUUGUCUAAUAUUCACUUUGAGUUGGUCUGUUAUUUAUUUUUUAGGAUAGCAGGAAAGGGCCCCUAUUAAUGUGUCUUGCCCUAGAUUUAUAUUUUCUUUAAUUCUCUGCUGUCUCUGUGUGAGAGAGUUCUGGUCCUUAUUACUAUCAACUAUUAGUAAUAAGGACCAGAAUAGGUGUAGAUCUCAGAUAUUGGUUAUUGGUGAUUGAAUGUAGUGGGUAGUUCAUUGUAGUGGGUAUACUGUGAUGACCCCCCCAACCUUGCACACACCUGUCCCGGAGCCCACACCGAAAAGCACAACCUCGCCCACUAACACAUACAGUACAUGCAUUUACACAUACAGUAGGGGCAUUCCAAAAGACUGGGUGUGUGCUAUUAGAACAAUUUAUUGUAAGCAACAAAAGACUUUAAUAGCAGGGGAGAUUUAAAUGCUUUGGACUCUCAACUGGUUGUACUGUUUUCAUAGUCCUUUACCACUUUAUACUGUUUUGUUAUGUUCACAUUAUUUGUUUUUUUUUUUUAUCUGACCUGUUGCAUAUCUUUUUUGUUUUCAGGGAAAUCUGCUCUAUAUGAGUAUGAGUGGAUAAUGUAUUGAGUUAUGAUUGAGUUAUUUCUAAAAUACUGCUCAUGUAGUAUGUAUAAACAAUAUGACCAUGUGUCUCAUAUGCUAGGAUAGAUGAAGUUUCUGUGAUGACAGUCAUAUCAGCUGUGUUUUGAGGCUGAGAUACUGUAAAUCAUAUAAAGGUAAGCAAAAACUGGCGUAUUUAAUACUGACUACAAUAAUGCUCUCAGUAGAAAAAAUAA